AUGGCUUUGAUAAAGAACAAUGUGUUUUUCACUUCUUUGUUGAUUCUUGUAGCUCUUUUUGGAGUUGUCCUUGGAGGAACCGUUCACAAGGUUGGAGACUCGGAAGGAUGGACUAUGAUAGGAGUUGAUUACGAAGCAUGGGCUUCUUCAAGAACUUUUCAAGUUGGAGACUCUUUGGUCUUCAACUACAACAAAGAUUUCCACGAUGUCACUGAAGUCACUCACAAUGAUUUCAAGCUAUGUGAACUUUCUAAACCGAUAACGAGAUACGAGACCGGGUCUGAUACCGUCACUCUAACCAAACCGGGACUCCAACACUUCAUAUGUGGAUUUCCUGGUCACUGUAACUUGGGACAAAAGCUUCAAAUUCAUGUCUUACCGGCUUCGUUAGGACCCGUCGCUGCUCCCGUUCCUGGACCGGUCCGAUCACCAAGCUCUUCUUCACCGUUGGUUGAUUCACCGGUUAAUAGUGCUCCACAAUAUCAGAUGGGACCGUCACCAGCUCAACUUAACGCAGCUUCAACCUCCAAAAUUGUUUGGAUCGGAUCCAACUUUCUUCCUUUUCUUUUGAUUACUCUUUUAGUACUUUGA